UAGUUUUUACAAAUUCAUUUUUAGAGUUUCUUCUUUCAUGUUUUUAAUUAACGAGACACUUUUGUGUCCAUUAUUAGAUUUCCUUGAAUCAGUAUCUUUUAAAUCUUCCUCUAUAUCUUCCUCAUUUUAAAAAUAAAUCAAAAGAAUGAAAAAUGAGGAAGAUCUGGCACGCAACUGAUUGCGACAGGCGAUGAUGUCUCCCUAAUUUAUCACCUAUUGAAGUAUAUCCUUCAUAUGUAUAUGGUUAUACUUACCACAGUUUCAAUAUACUGUAUUCUGUUUUAAGAUUUCCAUUCAAUGUACUGUAUAAAGUACAACCACUUGCAACCACUUGCAACCACUUAAAGAGUCCUAAGAACCUCGAUUUUCCCCAGAAUGUCCAGAAAGAAGAAAUGUAAGAAGAAUGUCAAAGUUGGGUUCUUUUGAGGCUAUCAUUGAAUUUUCCUGUUACCUCCACGUUUCGAGGAUUCUUAUUUUUACUUGCAUUGGACCAUAAAAAUGGUGGGAAUUUCUUGAAGACUAAUUCGGUCGAUGUCCAAAGGGGGAGGCUAGUCAUGCGCUGACGACUAGAGGACAUGGUGAAAGGGGGCCUUUUUCGAAACAACUCGUCGCAGCUUGCUCGUCGAGGAAGCGCGAGUCGCGAUUAUAUCUCAAAAAUAGACCGUGCGCGAACUCGUUGCUCGUUAGUCGUAACCACCCUACGAGACCGUCAAAGCCUUAGCCGUCCGCGUGGUCCUUUCUCAGUCAGUUUGACGGUGAACCUUUCAGGUGCUAGUCGUGCUUCACCGUUCCCUCGUCCGUGUCGCGUAGUUGUUAAUACAAAACCAAUUAAUAUAUGUAGUGUUUUGAAUGACAGUCGAGACUGUGCUAUGAAACUUGGUGAAUUGAUUGGAGUUUGUGUUGUAGAAACAGCCAAUAAUGUUGCGAAGCUUAUAUUAUUGGCAGUUAAAUAUAAAUACUUGUAACCGGUCGUUAUAAGGUAAAGGGUUAAAGUGUUCAGUG